GGUAAAAACUUUUGAAAGGGACAUCCGUACCACCCUUACGUAUUGUACAUUGUAGUUGCCCUCUUGGCAAAGCUACCUAACUUUGUACGGUAACCCAUUGAAUUGGCCAUUCAAUUUAGACAUCACCGAUUUUGCGAAAAGCUACCUAAUCACCACCUACCCGGACUCCCGAAAAUAUGACUUGGAUUUCCAAAUUAGUAACGGCUUUCGGGCUGUUACUUCUAGCAGAUUCGUGUUACUCUGCUUACGAACAUUCUGUUCUACAAACGCAUCGAGCCGCAUCGCUCUCUUCCUUGACUACAUCACACAGCGGUGCAACUACGACGCUUCCGAUCGAUAUAACCAUCGAAACUAUCGUCGCGACAUUCAUUGUCUGUCUGGGCAUGGUGUUGGGGACGUCUAACUUGCGACCCAUCCAAUGGCGUGUUUGGGCAGGGAAGAUUGAGCGAGAAGGCGAGGCAGGAUUUCUAAACAGCAGCGGAGAGGUAGAGAAAGAUUACGUUGGGAAUCCAUUCCGGCUAUUAGAGAGUCGUCCAGGAUUUAUCGAUAUUCGGAAGCAGAGGAACGAGUUCGCUGAAUGGGUCAAAAAUAAAUAGACUCGAAGUUGAGCGAUGUGUAUACAGGGCACCCGGAGACACCGGUACCAGGCCAGACUUGCUAUUCUCAUGACUUUAUAGAGUAAACAUAUGGGAGACAUGCUCGAAGCUACUA